AUGUACACCAGCAAAGAGAAAAUGGGUCAUAUUUUACAGUUUUUCUUCGAUAAAGGCGAAAACACAAGCCAAGCGGAUGAAAAUUUAAAUAGUGUUUAUGGUUCUGUCACUGUAACAGCCAAUCACGCGCAAUUUUGGUUUCGUCUAUUCCGUUCCGGUAAUUUUAAUGUCAAAGAUGCACCACGGUUUGGAAGGCCGAUUGUCGAAAAUAUCAAUAAAAUAAUGGAGAUCGUCGAGUCUGACCGUCAUGACAAGGCCGGGCCACAUGCAUCGAUAGUAACUCGCCAGAAGCUCCGGGAGCAUGUUGGGGUUGUUCUCAUGCAUCCACCUUAUAGUCCAGACCUGGCACCAAGUAAUUACCACCUGCUCCUAUCUAUGGCAAAUGAUUUUGCUG